UAACCUUGAUUUCAGGAAACUGAAAGAGACAAAAUGCUCCGUUUCUUUUUUAGGGCUCUCUCCUUUCAGUUGGGGAUUCAUUUGGAUCCUCCCCCUGCCCCCAAUUCCCUCCCCAUAAAGGACCUCAUUCUAUAGAUUAUUGGGGAAAUCUCUAAUUGCCUCUCUAGGAAGUAGCAAAGAAGUGGGACAGAACUACGCGCUUUCACAUCCUACCCCCCAAAAAAAAAAUUCUCUCUCUUAUAGGGGUACAGGGAGUCCCUCCCAGGCCAUUCCCAGCUGGGGACAGCCGGUUCUUCUUGUGCUUUGAAUCCUGGCACCCCUGCAACCCCAAACACCAGCCUCAGCCAAUAAAUGGAUUGGGAAUUCUCCCCCCAGAAAAAAAAAAGAAAGAAAGAAAGAAAGAAAACACCAGGGUGGAACCCAGGACCAAGAAUUUUUCUCCCUCCCAGGCAGGAAGAGGAGCCAGCCGUAUGCUAAUUAGCCUGGUUCAGAGUAAAUCUGAAACUAGUGCUGGUGAGCUCGACAGUCACACGUAGAAGCACAUCGACGAUGGAAAGCUGCAAAUGUCCCUCCAAAAGUUGUUUAAUGAUAUGCUUUCUAUCUUUUGCAACAAUAAUACUGUUAGUCUGUGCGGUGGUCUACGUCCUACGCGCCAACUCAGAAGGCUGUGUAAAGGGCUUGGAACUCCAGUACCAGUAUCGGAACGAGACCCGACUACUCCAGGAGCAGCUGAGGCAAAGCCAGGAAAACUCCCUGGAGCUGGAGGCCCGAUGGCAGAGUUGCAGCAUUGACUUGGGAAACCUGAGUGAGACUAUGAAAGAAGUGACAUCCCAGAGAAACUACCUGAAAGAAGAGAACCUGGAUUUGACUGAUAAACUUAAGAAGACCGAAGCAGCCCUGCAGAGGGAGAGAUUAAAAAAUAAAACAGAAGAGAACAGUUCUGCAUACACUGGCCCUCAGACCUACUCUUCACUCCUGGGUCUCUGUUUGGUCAUUGCCUUGCUUCCCUGAGCAGACUGAGCAAGGCAUUUCCUGCACUCUUGGAGACUCCUAAACACUGGAUCCUUGUGGAUAAUAAGUGAGUCUGAGAAGAGGAAGGAAUUCUGUAUGGGGUUGGGAGCCCCAAGUCUGGGGUGUUUGCCUUGAUCACCUGAUUCUGAAGUCUCAGUGUGUGGAAUUCUAGGAUGAGAAUGGAGAACACUCUGAAGGAGGAAAAGAAGAAGGGCUGGACCCUUAGGGAGGAUGGGGGAGAGUCCCUAAAAUGAAGCAGGCACUGGGAACAGAAUGCUUUGGUAUAAGUAGGCAAGAGGAUGGAUUAGGGGUUGGAAUCUUUCAAAUAAAAGAAGAUGAUGAGA